AACUGAGCAGAUAGGAAAAGCAUAUCAGAAAGCAUAUCAAAUCAGGAGGCAGAGAGAAAGCUGGUUAUCGCCCUUCAGUUCUUUAUGGUCCAUAAUCUGACAAGGCUUUAGGUUAAGCACAAGAGAUUUGUCAUGAAAAAUAAAGACACAUGCUCGGAAGAUGGAAAUUCAAGCAACAUGAACACUUUCAGUAUUUCAGACAAGAUUGGGUUUGCCUCAGCUGCUACUACAACCUUCCAAAUAAGUGAGCCUCAAGGCCGAAGAAAGCCAUCGGCAUGCUGUGCUCGGGCAACCCUCACCAUCUACCUGCUGCUGCUGACGGCCAGUCAGGGGCUGCUGGCAUACCAAGUGUUUAAGAUGAAGAGAGAGAUACUGAAAUUUCAAGAACAACAUGCCCCUUAUACAGAAGAGAUUCUGAAAAGCUCCUUUGCCAACAAGCUGGUUUUGGGGAGAAACUCUACAGAGAUACAUUUGGGACACGAAGACAACUGGAGAAGAAGCUUAGAAGAGGAAAUCACCAUAAUUAAAAGCAGCAAUGCAAACCUGAUGAUGAUGAUGAACAACAUCAGCCUGGUUGCAGGGCCUCCUGGACGCAAAGGAGAUCCUGGUCCCCCAGGGCUACAGGGGCCACAGGGGACAAAGGGAGACCAAGGAAUCCAAGGCAUACAGGGGCUACAGGGAGCAAAGGGCAGCAAAGGAGAUCUUGGUCCUGCUGGCAGAAGUGGUGAGCCAGGAACCAGAGGAGAAAAAGGAGAGGUGGGGCUUGCAGGUCCCCAAGGACAGAAAGGUGAAAUGGGCAAGAAGGGAGACCCCGGGGCCCCUGGGCUGAUGGGUCCUCAAGGAGAGAGGGGAUUACCAGGAGUGAUGGGUGUCCCUGGUAUUGUGGGGGUACCUGGACCACCUGGGCAGAAAGGAGAGGCAGGUGUCACCGGACCAGCUGGACCCAAGGGAAAUGCCGGCCUGGAGGGGAGACCUGGUCAGAAGGGGGAGAAGGGGGAUCACGGGCCCCGUGGUAGCCCAGGAAUACCAGGCACGGGGGGACUCAGAGGUGAAAAGGGAGACAAAGGAGAAGGAGGUCUUCCAGGGCAAAUGGGAACAAAGGGAGCCCAGGGCCCACCAGGCAUUCCAGGCCUAUCUGGUCAAAAAGGAAGCAAGGGUGAUUCUGGCAGUCAGGGUCCAAAAGGUUAUCCGGGACCAAAAGGAGCCAAGGGAGAGCGUGGAUUGCCUGGUUCCCCAGGAACAAAAGGGAGCAAAGGUGAAAAAGGAACAGGAAGCUUCAGUAAUGUGAUACGAAUCACAGGAGGGGGCACGAGGGGCCGUGUGGAAAUUUUUAACCAAGGGACCUGGGGAACAAUAUGUGAUGAUGGCUGGGACCUCAAAGAUGCCACCGUGGUCUGCCGAAUGCUGGGGUACACCCGUGCCAUCUCCGCCUUCACAGCCGCAUCAGGCACUGGACGAAUUUGGCUGGAUGAUGUGAACUGCAGAGGGGAUGAACAGUCAAUUUAUGAGUGUGAAAAGCCUGCCUGGGGUGUGAACAACUGCUCCCACAACGAGGAUGCUGGGCUGGAGUGUAUCUAAUGGGACACAAGGGCUGCCCUGGGAGCUGCUGCCCACCUCUGUUCUCUAUGGGGCUCUUCUUCAUAAUGUGAACCCUAUUUCAUCAGUCUGUGCUUAUUGUUUCUUUACCAAGUCAUAAAAAUAUUGACAAAGAAAGUUGAAUUUUCCACGAAUAGGUAGCAGUUGCAAGACCCAAAGGUAACCUGAAACAUCCCAGCUGUCAUGAAGCAACUGGAGCUCAGGCACAUGAGCCAGUCCACAGAUUUUUCCAGCUACCUGCUAUCAGCUCAUCUGCCAUUGCUCACACAUGUGUGACCUCCAAGUCCACAGGGGAGGAGAGAUGGUCCCCUCUAGCUUGGUGCAGUAAGAGAGAAUAGGAUCAGUGUGCAGAAAUGGGCAGUUACUGCAGCUGAGCUGGCUGGUCCGUAUUCAGCACAGUACAGCUGUGAAUCUGAGCCUAAAACCUCCAGUGAAGUGCAUGCAUCCAAGACAGCAGAUGCUCAGAAAUCAUCAGAUGAUCUCUCUGGCAUGCAAAUAUAGAUGUUCUCAGAAAUUACGCUGAUCACAGGUUAAAGCGCAAACAUAAGUGCCUGGGAUCUAGGUGCCAUACUAUCCUGGUUUAGCACAGACCUUGUUUUUGACCUUGGCCAAGUCCCCUGCCUUCUCUGUCAGUGUUUCCUACCCUGUCCCCAGGGGCAAUACCCUUUGCCUUAUCUGGUGUGUAAAGCUAAGUGUUUCACAUCUUUAGAAAUGAGAUGCUCCAGUAAAGAAGAGCGAUGCUGAAUAAAAGCAAUAAUGGGUAAGUGUCAGCCAAUUAAACUUCCAGAGCAGAAAUACAGGCCCCAAACUACAGGCUCCUAACUUAACUGAAAUUCUUACAUGUAUCUGAAAUACUAACUUAAAGGCUUCUCUUUCUUAAGGCCCAAAUCUUCUCCUUCUUCACCAGGGUGGCAGGUUACAAACAUUUUCUGGACAUGCAGCUUGGCACAUGCCAACCACCUGCUUGUGAGCACUUGAUUUAAAAUGCCAGAAAUGUAUGUAAGCAACCCCACAACUCUGCUUAGUCAUCAUUGCAUUUGUCUACACAUUUUGAAACUUGUUUUAGUGCUUAGAAAUUCAGAUAUAAGUGGAAAAAAUUAGCAGUUUGCGACAAAGCUCAUCACCAUUUUGAACUGGAGGAAAUGUUUGUUACGGGGUUUCAGGCCUUAGGAAAGAAGUCUGGAAAAUCCCCAGUUUUCCACUACCCACUCAGAUGCCUUUGACAGCAGGAAAAUUAAGGGAGAGGCUUCCCAUUCCUGGCUCUGGUUUAGAGGGGGCAAGGAGCACCUGCCACAACCCAUGGGUGAAACCUGGUGAAUGCCAACUAUGAAAUAGUUGGUGGAUAGUGGCUUAUCUGCACGAGAAGUGACAGAAGCUUUCUGUUGUGGUAGCUCACAGUGUGCUGAGCACGGGCACGUGGGCUGCCACGGCUUCUGCUGGGCUCCCACGGGCAGCCCUGAACCUGCGUGGGUUUCCCCUGCUUUCUGUGUGUGGCAGUUUGCAAAGUUUCUAAACAAAAUAAAGGAUUGGCGAGCUA